CUUCCAUUUUCAUUACAACACUUUCCUUCACUAAUUCUCCAUAUUGAAAUCAUGCGCGGUCAUUCCAUUCUGAUUGCCUCAUGGGCUCUUGCUGUAUCAAUAAUACUCAACGGAAGACAACUUUGCUCAGGUUGCUUUUUAGAAGAAAAACAUGCUCUCUUGGACUUCAAAGCUUCCUUAAAUGUGACUACAAAUGCUCAUCUUAUCCUUUCUUCGUGGACUGGAAAAGAAGGUGAUGGAGCAAAUGAUGAUUGCUGCACCUGGGAACGGGUCAAGUGCAGCAAUAUUACUGGGAGAAUUGUUGAACUCCACCUUAGUGAUUUGCGAAAGAAUAUGUCUGAGAAUUGGCAUGCAAAUAUUAGCACUUUCAUACCUCUGAAGGACCUGCGAGCUCUAGACCUGAGUGGUAAUUACUUCAAUAGUGAAGUGACAGGCUGCAGGAAUUGGGCUAAGUUGCAAAAUCUCGAAUCUUUGUACCUCGAUGAUAACAACUUCAACAACAGUAUAAUUCCAUGUAUAACUGCAAUUACUGAACUUAAAAGGCUGUCUCUCAGUGAUUUGGGUUUAGAGGGAUCGUUUCCCAUAGAAGAAUUCAAGCGUCUGGAAAAAUUGGAGUUUCUUGACUUAAGCAGUAAUCGAUUUUCUGGUUCCACGUCCUUUACAGAUGUGUACUUCUUCAGGUGCGGCGCUUUUUUGCUGCUGUUUUAGCAAUUUCUGGGGAGUCCUCAAUGUCAGUGACAGUAAUGCCUUCUUCUGGUGGUGUAUUUGCUGAUUGUGAAGGGUUGGCUUUCAUUGUGAGAUCAAGUGUCGGUGGCUGGUCAUUGAGUACAUCUUCUACCUUUUCGGCUGUGUUGCAGUGAUUGGGUUUCCAUGUAGCCGAUGUCUGUGCGUAAUUGAUGGUGUAUUUCAUGAUAGCAUCCUUCUCUUCUGGGGUAAAGUUUUUCACGUGAACAAUGACAGCAGUGUAUUUGUCAGGAGCUGUUGAGUAGUAGAUGUUAUGUGGCCUCUUCACCAGGCAGAUGAUCCUGUUGUUUUGGAUAGCUUCUUGUAUCCUCUCAUGAUUGACAUUGCGCUAUGCACAAGUUUAGGGCAGAUUAGCAAAAGCUGAAAGCAUGCCAUUUUUAUUAAAUAUAUGAGGCGUGACUUUUUUUUAUGUUGUAAUAGAAUUGUACCUGAGCUUCCUGUCGUUGAAGUUCUGCUAGACUGAAGGGUAAUAGUUGUUCACCAUCCAGACCAUUGAUAUCCAAUGUUAUUGUUGAAGUGUGAUCACUAAGUUCCACUGUCAUUCUGCACCUGUGACGUUUUGUCCAAUGGUAUUAUAUAAAGCAGUAGAUUUGAUUGAAGAA